GCUGACUAUAUUAAAAACUGAGGAGCGUCAUUUUGCGGAGGCUUGUAAAGAACAGUUCCUGUCUGUUGCACGUGAGUGGGACAUCGAGGGCAAGACUACAACCAUUGGGACUGACAGUGCACGCAACAUGGUUGCCGCAAUUCGACUUACACGCUAUGAACACAUGAACUGUGUCGCUCACAUGGUGCAGAGAAGUGUCACAGUGAGUCUUGCUGACAGCGGCUUUGUAAAUGCUUUGGCCAAGGCUCGCAAAGUUGUCGGUCAUUUUAAGCACAGCCCAGCAAAUGCUGCGGAGCUUCAAGCACAACAAGUCAGCCUGGGAAAGAAGCAAGAGCCAUUGAUCCAGGAUGUUCCAACACGUUGGAAUUCGACGCUGGAAAUGGUCAAGCGCGUGAGCAGAAAUAAAGAGGCUGUCAUCGCAGCCCUGGACAAUCAGGAGCACAAACUCGUUUUGCCGACCGCAGCAGAGUGGGAUAAACUGCAGAGGCUGGAGACACUUUUAGAGCCAUGCAGGUAUGUAACUGAGCUCCUGGGUGGAGAGGCCUAUGUCUCCUGUUCUGUGGUACUACCUUCUCUCUGCCACUUGCGUCUCAAGAUGGAAGCCUGUGAUGAGGACCCUGCAUAUGUGGUGAGAUUCAAGACCAAGUUCAAGGAGGACCUAGCAUCCCGUCAAGAACAGCUCAACAAUGCAUGGCUCCAGAUUGCUACAGUUUUGGAUCCUCGUUUCAAAGACUUUGAAAUGCCUGCCCAAGACAGACAGGGAAGAGGUGUGGACCACACUUGA